AAGAAACCGUGAAUAAAAAAUUCGGGUGGCGAAUCGGAUCCAAACUUGAGAUAUAUGUUCUAGGAUUCUAGGAAGCAAUUAUAUGGAUUGUCUUCUAUUGACUUCCUACAACCGAUACCAGUACGAGGUAGUGCAGGGAAAUGAAAAAUUGCGGGGUUUUCAGUCGAUUUACUUCCCUCACCAGCAGAAAAACCCUCGCUUCUUCAACGGCUAGAUUAAUGAACAACUUUGAGUUUGUCAGAGGCUUUUCUGGAUUGUCGGAAGACCCAGAACUGAAGGAGUUCACGGACUACAUGGACAAUCUCAAGAACUAUGAGAAGUCAGGUGUUCCCAAAGCCGCAGGAACUGAUUCAGAGGAUGGUUUUGACCUGGGAAGAAUGAGACGGUUGAUGGAACUGCUUGGUAACCCUCAAUCCAAGUUCAAGGCUGUUCACAUUGCUGGGACCAAAGGCAAAGGAUCAACUGCUGCCUUUCUAUCCAAUAUUCUACGUGCAGAAGGGUAUUCCGUUGGUUGCUAUACUAGUCCACAUAUUCGAACCAUCCGGGAACGCAUUUCAUUGGGAAAUUUAGGUGAGCCAGUGUCAGCUAAGGCAUUGAGUUGCCUUUUCCAAAGGAUUAAAAUGAUUCUUGACCAGGCGGUGGAACUUGAAGAUGGGCGUCUUAGUCAUUUUGAGGUUUUUACCGCUACAGCAUUCAGCCUGUUUGCUCAGGAGAACGUUGAUAUCGCAAUUAUUGAAGCUGGGUUGGGCGGGGCACGAGACGCAACGAAUGUUAUUUCUAGUUCUGGGCUCGCAGCUGCGGUCAUAACAACAAUUGGUGAGGAACAUCUGGCUGCACUUGGGGGUUCUUUGGAAAGUAUCGCCAUGGCAAAAGCAGGAAUAAUCAAACAUGGGCGCCCACUCGUGCUGGGUGGGCCAUUUCUUCCACAUAUUGAGCACAUUCUUCGUGAUAAGGCAUCUGCUAUGUGUUCACCAGUAGUAUCAGCAUCUGAUCCAGGAAAUAGAAGUACCAUAAAAGAUAUUAGUGAAUGUCGUGGAAAACAUUGCCAGUCCUGUGAUAUGGUGCUCAAAAUUGAGCGGGACUUUCAAUUGUUCAUUGAGUUGUUUGAUGUGAAAUUGUGCAUGCUUGGAACACACCAACUUCAAAACGCUGCAACCGCCACUUGCGCAGCACUCUGCCUUCGUGAUCAAGGAUGGAGAAUUGCAGAUGGAUCUGUUCGUGCUGGUUUAGAGAAUACAAUUUUGCAGGGGAGAACUCAAAUUUUAGGAUCUAAGGAAGCUGAGGCACUAGGACUACCUGGAGCAACUCUACUGCUUGAUGGAGCCAUUUUCAGCGCAUACCAAGGAAUCUGCUAAAGCUUUAGCCGACAUAAUUCAGAUGACAUUUCCAGAGGCGAGAUUGGUUUUUGUGGUUGCAAUGGCAAGCGACAAAGAUCAUUUAGCUUUUGCGAAAGAGCUACUUUCAGUGAGACAGUUGGAGGCUGUAUUUCUGACACAAGUUAGCAUUGCUGGGGACAUGUCUCGAACAACUUCAGCUUCAUUGUUAAAAGAUUGCUGGAUCCAAGCUUCCAGAGAAGUGGGCGUUGAUAUUCUUGACUACAGAGAUGCUGAAUGCGACAAGAUACUCGAGAAUCAAUCUAUUCAAUCAGCGGGCGAACUGGUACAUAGAACCAUAUUGUCUGCCGAGAGUUCAGUAAUGUCAUCCAUGAAGAUUGGAAAUCAGAUUCUGAGAGCUAGACCAGGAGAUCAAUUAGGCAUCAUUGUAGUCACCGGAUCUUUGUAUAUUGUUUCCUCAGUAUUAGGCAAUCUUCAAAGAUAAUUGUUAGUUACUUACCUCUUCUAAUACUGCUUAAAUGUUUCUGUGAAUUUUGGGUUAGCUGAUCUAUCCUGAUUACCAGUUUAGAAAUUCAUUGAUUCUCGUCCAACUAUUUAGAGAUUUGAGGGGAUUGAAAUGGCAUA